AUGAAGACACGGAUGAGCCGGAGUGAGACUGAAAGUCAGUCAACUGAUGACCAAGAAAACGAAGAAGAACAGGAGGAAGAAAAUUGUGUUAAUGAUGAAGAUGGUGAUGAUGAAGACGACAAGGAUGAUGAGGAGGAUGAAGAGGAAGGAGAGAGUAUGGACGAGGAAUUGGAUUAUGAUGAACUGGAGCAUUACAAGUCUCACGUUUGUCAAGAACCCCGGCAGUUUUCAAAGAUCUUUAUAGUUCGGUGCCCAACUUGUUAUUGGCACGAAGGUCACUACUCAAUGAACAUGAACGAGGGUGUCCGGUGCGACGUUUGUACGAGCGUGUUCCCUGCGAAUCAACAGAACACAAAGAAAACGUUUUACUGCUGUAAUGACUGCGACUCGAUUCACCGGAUGUCAUUAAAAUCAAAGAAAUUGAGACUCCUCGUAACACGACAAGAGAGCGAAGAAAUGGAUGAAAUGGCAACCCACGAGGAAAACUACUUUCCUUUUUUAGCCAACUGGGAACAUUAUUAG